UCCUGUCAUCGGCGUGAAGUGGAAGGUCGUCGCUCGACUGACUUUCUAGAGGAUCCACCGUGAAGGGAGACGACUUAUCCGAGCAGAGCAGAGAUCGAGAAUGGCAGGGAGAGCGGAGAAGAAGAGAAGAGGUGGUCAAUGGUGUUCGACCAAACAAGCCGAACAAACGCGCCUUUCCCCAGUCUUUCGCGUCCCGAGGACCGGUUACCAUUGCCGAUCCGUUGUGUCACGGUGUUGUUCACGGUGUCGUCGUCCACCAGUGUGUUUCGUCCCUCGAGUUGUGGUCACCGUGUUUACACGCCGAGGAUGACACUGGUUCUCCCUCGCCGUGCGCUUCGAUCCUAGUCUUUGGAUUGCCGGUUCGUUUGUCGGAGUGUUUUUGGGGGGGUUGGAAGUGGGAUAGAAGGGAUCAUGCGGGCCCACGACAACCUGUGCUCCUCGCUGGGAUACGUCGUGUUCCUUCUGUUGCUCGUUGAGGGUGUACGAAAUACAGGAAGUGGCAAAGUGUCGAAGAGGGCGAGGCCGAUAGACCCUGAUGCCGAGGACAACCGCGACAACGAGGACUAUUAUUACGAGGACGUGGAUGAAAGAAACAAUCCUACGAACGAUGCACCGGUCGUUCCUCCAGGAUUCCUCAGUCCAUCAGUACGAGAGUAUCUCGAUCUUGGUAAAUCGAUACCAGGUCGAGCUGGCACCGAUUAUCCGGUGUUGGGCAAGGUGCCUUACACGAAUUUCUACUGCGACGACCAACCUUAUCCGGGCUUCUUCGCGGACGUGGAGACGAGGUGCCAGGCGUGGCAUUAUUGCGACAUAGACGGCCGCCAGGCAACGUUCCUCUGCCCGAACGGCACCCAAUUCAGCCAGGCGGUGUUCGUGUGCGAUUGGUGGUUCAACGUGAGGUGCGAGCUCAGCCCUAAACUGUACGCCAUCAACAGCAGAUUGUACGGCAGGCCCACGGAGAGCCCGACCAGGCCUCACCGCCUCAUCACCAAGGAGCUGCUCGAGAAUAUCUUCGUCAGACGGAAAUGAGGAUGGUUCGAGAUUUUGUGCUCUCUGGAUUCUUCCGGUUAUACGUGUCGUGGGCGAAUGAUAGUAAUGGAGACAGAUAGAAUUGCGUGGAAAGCGUAAGAUUAUCUGCCCGACGAAUGAUUUUUAAAAUAACCUUGACUUCUCAUCAUGAGACUUUCUGCGUGCGAUCUUCCUCCCGUGAUCUUCAAUCUUCACUCUGACCUUUUGCAAUAAUCUUCCAACGAUCGCUCGAUAUAAUAUACGUGUUUGGUUUGGUUUGAAGAUUUGCUAGAAGAGAUUAGUUAGAAGAUCGUUUCAACUGGAUUCAAGUAAGUCUGUUUCUAGUUCGACUUCGAUCAGUCAGACAGAAGUUGUUUUGU